AUGGCGGACAAACUGGACAAAUCUCUUGAUGAUAUCCUUAGCUCCAGGCGUACAGCCCGUCGCACCUCCCAGCGACGUCGCGAUACCAGAUCCACAAGGGCAUCUCACAAUACUGCACCUGUAGGUGGCGUUAAAAAGACUGUCAGAAAUGCGAAAUCCACUUCCAAGUCUAUUCCUACAGGCCCAUCUAUGGGUCUGGGCGAAAGCAAGAUCAUCGUGAGCGGCUUGCCCUCCGAUGUCGGUGAAGCGAAUAUCAAGCUUUGGCUCGCCGGUCAUUGGCCUGAUGCAAAGCGCAGCAAGUUGAGCUCUGUCUCCAUCUCGCGACUCCCCUGCACCCGAAGGCUUAUCUGGCAGCUCUUCACAAUGUCUCCUGAGCCAAACGGGUCGCAGGUCGUGUAA